AUGGUGGACGUCGACCCCGGAGCUCAAGGUGGAGCUGCUCUUCAAGCAGCUAUCGGCCAGCUCACAGAGGUGGUCGCCGAAAUGGCAGGCCAGAUGCAGCAUAUGCAGGCCCAGCUGGAGGAGCAAAGGGCGACUGCAGCUGCAGCUGGUGGUGCAGGGGUACCUCCCAUGGAACCCGCUGCAGAGGCACAAGUACCAGCGGCAGGGGUACCUGGUGCUGGUAUACCUGGUGGUAAAAAUCUCAGAUUGAGGUUUUCAGAGGUCUAUGAUGGUUCGUCCACCGCAGGUGCAGUGGAGAACUUCAUUUUCGACUAUGAGAUGUACUUUGAGGGGAUGGACACACCUGUUGAUAAGCAGGUUUAUCUUGCUGCUGGUUUGUUAACCGGGAGUGCAAAGUCUUGGUGGCGGUACACCGGCCUGGCCCAUGGGGGCAACCAGACCUUGUACUCCUGGGAUGCAUUCUCUGGGGAGCUCUUGUCCCGGUUCCGAGCUGUUAACUCCACACGCCAUGCCAGAGAUAAGCUUGCGGGUCUUAGGCAGGACGGCAGUGUCAGGACGUAUGCUCAAACCAUGCAAGAGUCAUCCCUGCAGGUACCCGGUAUCCAGGACGAGGAGCUCCUGGACCGGUUCAUCCGCGGCCUCAAACCCCGCACACGCCAGGAAGUUAUCAUGCGUGAGCCCGAAACCUUCGAGGAAGCGGUUAAGCUUGCUGACCGCUAUGACUCAUUGUGGGGCUCUGCUGGGUUACAGUCUGGUUUUGCACGACCUACAUUUGCAGCUAAUGGGGUGCGGACUUCCAGGGUCCAAACCCCUCUCAGCUUCUCUAACCCCGCGCCCACCAGGCAACCGGGGCACUUGAUCGCCGAGUGCCCCAAUAAACCCCCUGUGCAGAGAACUGUCGCCCAAGGCGAGCGACCAGCUGAUCCCACCGAGCACCCCAACCUCAUCGACUUCGGGCUCGAAGAGCCUAGGUGCUCGGAAAACUCUCUGCCCCAGUAG